CAGAGGGCAACUCUUUAAAGCUCUCUCCUUGAACCCAGCAUCGAGUUCAAAAAAACAUUGUGCAUCUCUACAUCUUUACGCGUGACGAUUUGCAAGAGUGCGAGUAUAUUCACCACAGCAAUAACAUUUGAAUCGAUGUAGGUAGCGAACACUUCUCACACACUAACGUUUCGGUGAUAUAUCCUGCCGAACAUGCAUCCUUGAUUACCUGCAGGCAGUGGGCUCGCUGCGCCCCUCCUAAGAUAUAUUAGAGUGGUGUCCUCCACAGGUUCUGGCAAGAGGAUUCCUUGCAAUAGUUGAUUCUGAAAACAAGCAUCCCUUUCUGCUCCAGUCGACUAAUGGAUCCUGCCUCAGUGAUUGGGGUGAUCGGCGUUGUCCUUCAAAUCACAAAGACAAUCUAUGCUUACGGAGAUGCAGUGCUGGAGUACAAGAAUGAAGUCGCACGUCUACGCUCCGAGCUAUUCGGCAUGCACGCGGCACUUACUCAGAUUGAGCAAGACUUGUCCCUGGUUGGUAAAGACGGCAGGCACACUUUGGCCUCGCCGAAUCUGGAAUCACCACAGUUUCGACAAAUGCUGGACGAGACGCACACAAUACUUGAGCAGCUUGCCAAUACGCUCCAAGAGUACAUCUCAAGGUCACGUCGCUUAGCAAGAAGGAUCAUUUGGCCUCUCAAACGGCCCCAGAUCCAGGAUUUGGCAACACAUCUUGAGCGCUUGAAGUCCUUCUUCAUUCUUGCAACCAUUCGAGAUACCCUCGAGACCACUAGAGAUAUUCAACUAUCUAUACAAGCUCUUCGGCAGUCCAUCCAAGAUAUCCAACAAUCGAAGGAAGAGCAGACCCUUUACAUGGAUGCGAUCAGAUGGCUCAAUCCUGGUGACCCCCAAUCUAUUCACACCGCAGCUUCCUCUGCUCGGCUCGAUGGAACGAACUCCUGGUUCAUCACAGGUCCUUUCGACAGUUGGGUUCCUGGGACAAGCCCUCUUCUUUGGCUGAAUGGAAAGCCUGGUUCAGGAAAGACCUGCUUGACAGCUGCUUGCGUUCACAAACUUCAGCAGAAAAGGUGUGCCGUAGCCUACUUCUAUUGCUCUUACAACGACUUGUCAUCACAAGAGCCUCAUAGAAUCUUAAGCUCGCUUAUUGUGCAACUUUGCCAGAGCCAGCCCACUGCUCGGCGAUCUCUUUUAAGCGCUUACGAUAAAGUGAAAUCACAGAACAGCCUGCCAAAUGCUCCUGACAUAAAAACGCUCAUCGAUCUGUUUGGACAGAUGACCAACGCCCUGAACUCCACAUUUUUCAUCCUAGUUGACGGCGUAGACGAGUGCGGCAAGAACUUGGCGAUCGUGCUUCGCGCAAUCUUCCAGAUUGCCACUGAAGGCAAGCGAGCGAGACUCAUGCUGUCAAGCACAGAGAAUGUAGCACACAUUAUCCAGGAAAGCAUCUCUGAGUCUAAGCUCACACCAAACACAGUCAGCAUGGAUCUAGGAAAGGUUAGUGGCGAUAUCAACGAUUACAUCAACACGCAAUUUUCUCAACAACCCAAGCUGAAAAUGCUUCGGCGUGAGCUCAGAGCGUCUCUUAUAGAGCGGCUUCAACGACAGCAUCAUGGAUCUUUUCGAUGGACUUGCACGAUUGACGAUCUCACGCGACGGCACACGCCAAAAGCCAUCGAGAAGGCUUUAGACGGGGUCGCUCCCACUCUUGGAGAAAUCUACAUGGGGAUACUGCAAGGAGUUCCCGAUGACAUGGUACAAGCAGCUGCCUCAGUGUUACAAUGUCUAGUGUCAUCACUACGACAGCUCACUAUUAGUGAACUUUCGGAAGCUGUCUCUUUCACAUUUUCCGACGACUUUGACGAAGAUGAUCGUUUGAUUGAACCAGAGGCAGUUGUGCACUCCCUGUAUAGUUUGGUUCACUACGACCUUAGUAGCCAACGCAUCGAACUUGCCCACUCUUCUGUCCGUGACUUUCUGACAUCGCCUGAACUCUCUGGAAAAUAUCAUGUUGAUUCGGUCAAAGCCAACAUCGACAUGUCUAAAAUCUGCGUUCACUACCUCACACUUCCUUCGUUUGAGCAGGUAUGCUCCGAUCAAGAAGAGUUGAAUGCUCGUAAGCAAGAUUGGCCCCUGUUGGAGUACGCAUCAGCAUUCUGGACCCGCCACAUACGAGUUUCCCCUCAAGAGAGCGGCGAGCACCUUACUGCCUUUUCCAGGUUCGCUGCUUCUUCUGAUCUCAGAGCUGGGGGCAAUUUCGCGGCUUGGUAUCAGGUCAUUUAUCCACAGGGAAACCCGCGUGUCUGGAGCACCAAACCAUUAUACAUGUGUGCUCGUGAAGGCCUCAUCGAGCCACUCAGGACUCUAUUAGCGACGUGCACCAAAGACCAAAUUGAACAUCGUGGUGGUGCACGUGGCUCAACAGCACUGCAUGUCGCAGCCACAUAUGGCGAGACCGAGGCCGUAAAACUCUUGCUUGCCGCCGGAGCGGAUCCGAAUGAGCACAACGAUGCCGGGGAGAAUGGUAUACAGUGGGCUGCUCUCUACGAUCAUACCCAGACGGUUCGUCUGCUUCUAGAAGCGGGUGCUCUGCCUGACCUGCUCAGACCUGAGAGUAAUCCCGAGCUUCAUGAACAGAUGGUCCGGCAUUCUCUGGUUCCAUCUCCAAGACACUUGGGCACUGAAGGGUCUGGAAAACCAGGGUCGCCCAAGAAGCUUGAAGCAGUUUCUUGA